AUGAGUAAUAUACCAGAAGAGUUUGCUGCCUUUGGAAAAUAUUACAAUUAUGCUCAAAAGAUUAAUAACGAACCCACAAGAGUCGUUCUUACGCAUUUUUUCCUCAAUCAAGCAACAGAUAUCAUCAAUGAAGGAGGAGCAAGCGAAGAAGCCGUUGAAUUCUAUCAAAAUGUCAGAGACAACGUCAGAGAGUUCCAAGAAGAAGAUGUUACAAACACUCGCCACUUCGUAAAUGCAAUUUGGGACGAUCUUACAGGCAAGAUCAAGAACGGCGUUAGAAAGAAUGCAAUGAUUGGAAAGCUCUUGAUGAUGAGCGCCAUCUACGGUAUGUUUGAUGACGAUGCUUCGGCAAAACGCGAAAAAGAUUGCAAAAUAUUUGCUAUCAAGCUGAAGAAGCAAAUAGAACAAAAUGGAGAGUCAGAUGGUAACGAAGCUCCAGCCGAAGAUGUAAAUUCUAUUCCACAAAAGCAAGAUCCAGCUCCAACAAUGCCAAGUAUGCCUCCUCCAACAACACCACAGCCAAAUACAUACCAAAUGCCUCCUCCAAGUGCUCCUGCCGAGAAUCCAUACGUUCCUCCAUCAAAUCCUUACGUUCCUCCGUCAGAACCAGCUCCAAAGCCAACGCCACCACCUCAGGAUCCACCAAAGCCAGCUCCUAAGCCAGCCGAUCCACCGAAACCAGCUCCAAAGCCUGCAGCUCCUGCAGCUGAGCCAUGCGCGUCAAUUCCGAACUGCAAAUACAAUCGCGAGCCCGCUUUACAAUACUUUAAAGAACAGGGAAUUCCUCUCGUUACAAAAUGUUACCCACAACCAGAUCCUUCGUUAUCUGCUUGUAUUCAAAGAUAUCUCGACUACGCUGUAUCUCGUCUUUACGCUGAUAUGUACUCUGAUGCUAGCAAGUUAUUACAAAACGCUUUACAAUCAUGGAAGACUGGAAAACCACAAUAA